AUGUCCGCAAAGAGCCAAUCACAGCCGAAUAAUCAAGAAAACCAAAGGCCGAGCACUGAGACCCCUCCUUCUUCCGAUCAACCACCCGCCUCGCAGUCAUCGGCCAAGGACGACGACGGCGACGACGAGUUUGUUGACAUCAGCGACGAGGAUACUGAGAUGCGUGAAGCCGAUUCGGAUGAUCAUCAGCGCUCCAAGGACGAAUUAGACCUCCACCGCUUCGGUCAUAAUUUAGACGACGUUGACGACGACUCGGACGAAGAGCACGAUCAUAUGGCCAGUCAUCCUCUGCUGAGUAUGUUGACCGGACGACUUGGCCAGCGCCGCCGAGGCUCAACCCAUAAGUGGGAUCGUCUUCACCCUGUCACUCAGGUCUUGUCCGUCUCCAAUGCGGAAGAAUGCACCGCGCUAGAAAGCGAGGUGUUUCCCGAAAAUGAGCGCUGCUCGCGCGAAAAGUUCGAGUACCGGCUAGCAAGAUGCCCUGAGCUCAGCUUGGGUCUAUUUUCGCGGCCAACUGAAGCCGAAUGUGCAGGGCAGGAGAACCCGCCGAAGCGUCGAUUGAUCGCCCAUGUUGUGGCUACUCGGACCCCGGCACCUAGCGUCACCGAUGCUAGCAUGGCUUUGCCCAGCAACUGGAGACAGCGCAAGUCUUCGUUGCCCUCGCCGGAAGAAGCUGAACCCCAAGGUCAUCAAGAGAGAGGUGGCACCAUCUGCGUUCACUCACUAGCCGUGGCCAAGGAGCAUCAAGGCAUCGGAUUGGGCACCAUCCUGAUGAAGGCCUACAUCCAACGUAUCAAGGACUCGAAGGUAGCUGAGAGAGUAGCUCUGCUUGCCCACGAGCAUCUAGUGCAGUUCUACGUCGAGCUCGGAUUCCAGAACAUGGGUCCUAGCAGCGCAACCUUCGGUGGUGGGAAUUGGAACAACUUGAUCAUGGAAUUCACCAACGAAGAAGAGGACUAG